GAAUAUAUAGUAAAGAAGAUUUAGAUUCAAAUUAUCCUGAAAAAUUUUUUCAAAGAUCUCGUACACAGCAAAAAGUUAACUUUGUUAGAUUAGAGGAGAAAGUAGAUGAAAUUGGAAAUAUGUUAUCUCAUCUUAAUAUAAACAAUCAAUCUCAAAAACUAGUAACCAAAUCAAAUCGAACACAACGAUAUUAUCCCUUUCAACCAAUAAAUUCUAGCAUUUCAGCUAAUGAGGAAAUUGAUAAGCUUCUGGAAAAAGGUGAGUCUCAAGAUGAUAUAAUCCCCAGAACUUAUGAUCAAUUAUUAUCCUCAUUAUCACCAGCAAUUGAAUUCAAUGCAGUAAAUAACGUAUUUGGGGAAGCAUUAGGAUGGAAACCUGAUCUAUUAUUCGACUUCCAAUAUAAAGGUAAUUCAGAACACGUUGACAAAUCAUUGAGAUGGUAUACGGAUAUACCAAUUUCCUUAAAAGAUAAGGAAGAAAAAACUAUUACUAUUAUAGGAAAUUUUGCACGUAUUGAUGAUAGGGAACCAGAACCUAUAAUUUGUUUAGCUUAUAUCGAUAAUCCUAUACCUGAGUUAUCAAAAGUUGAUACUGAGACUAGUUCCAAGAUAAGUAAUGAAAUCAAUAUUAAUGAAACUAACAAGGAUAAUAAAUUAAAUGUGUCUAUAAAACCUGUUAUACCAAUUAUUACAGA